UAGGCAACUACACAGUAGCACCUCCCGCUAUCUCUCCUAUAAAAAGGUUUCCUCCAUUGAAGCUUUUUCUCUGACUCAAUUUCUGAAAGAGAAUCACUCACAUUGUAUAGAACUCUGCUUUGGAGACUCAUAUUUCUCCAAUGGCGGUUUAUUCGAGAUUGUAUCUCUCUCUUUGUUCAUUGCUCCUUGUGAUGGUACUAGUCAUCAAUGCCACCCACGGUCAUAGUGCUGAAGAAGCUCAUGAGCAAUUUCAGAGCUUAAAAAACUCGACAAUGGGGAGUAGGUUAAGUGAAGAAAAUGUACCGAACCAUGAACAUGCCGUAGAUGAUCCGGAAAUGGUGGCCUCAAUGGUAGACAUGAGCAUUAGGAAUAGUACAGAAAGGAGAAAAUUGGGCUUUUUCUCAUGUGGAACUGGAAAUCCUAUUGACGACUGCUGGCGUUGUGACCGUAAUUGGCAACGUAACCGCAAGCGCCUAGCUGAAUGUGCUAUUGGCUUUGGGCGCAACGCUAUUGGUGGCCGUGAUGGCAAGUACUAUGUUGUCACUGAUCCAAAUGAUGACGACCCUGUAAAUCCCAGACCUGGAACACUUCGUCAUGCUGUAAUUCAGGACAGACCGUUGUGGAUAGUGUUUAAACGUGAUAUGGUCAUUACCCUUAAACAAGAGCUAAUUAUGAACAGUUUCAAGACAAUUGAUGGACGUGGUGUGAAUGUUCAUAUUGCCAAUGGGGCUUGCAUCACCGUCCAAUUUGUCACUAAUAUCAUUAUUCAUGGCAUCAAUAUUCAUGAUUGUAAACCAACCGGUAAUGCCAUGGUUCGAAGUUCACCGGGUCAUUAUGGCUGGAGGACAAUGGCUGAUGGAGAUGGCAUUUCCAUUUUUGGGUCCAGCCACAUAUGGGUUGAUCACAACUCUCUUGCUAACUGUGCUGAUGGUCUCAUUGAUGCUAUCAUGGGAUCUACCGCAAUUACCAUCUCCAACAAUUAUUUUACACACCACAAUGAGGUGAUGUUAUUGGGGCACAGCGACUCCUAUGUUAGAGAUAAGAUUAUGCAGGUGACUAUUGCCUACAACCAUUUUGGUGAGGGUCUCUUUCAGAGAAUGCCAAGGUGUAGACAUGGUUAUUUCCAUGUGGUGAACAAUGACUAUACACAUUGGGAGAUGUAUGCCAUUGGUGGCAGUGCUUCUCCUACAAUUAACAGCCAAGGCAACAGAUAUCUUGCCCCAGCCAACCCUUUUGCCAAACAGGUGACACAUAGAGUGGAGCAAUCAGAAGUGUGGAAGCAUUGGAACUGGAGAUCAGAGGGAGACCUUAUGCUUAAUGGAGCCUUCUUUACCCCAUCUGGACGUGGUGCUGCAGCCAGCUAUGCUAGGGCUUCAAGCUUAGCAGCAAAGUCCUCUUCACUGGUUGGCAGUCUUACCUCAAAUGCCGGUGCACUUUCCUGUCACAGGGGCUACCAAUGUUAAUGUCUAAGACAUUGAACAUCUGGUGUUGAACACAACAACAUAUUACUUUCACCUAUCCGGUGAAAUUGUCAUGUAAUCUAGCCAAUUUUAUUCCUUCUCUACCUUGCAUCCCUUCCUAAACAUCUCACCAGCAAGAUACAUAUGUAUUUCUCUUAUACGCUAAAAUGAUUUGAACCCCCUUGUCCAUUGUUCCACCGGUCUAAUGUAGCAGCGCUCAACCUCGCCCUGCCUCAGUGAGAACAUUUUAACUCUGAGGAUCUGUGGAGCAGGUGUUGAAGUGUUGUCUUUCUUGUUCCUUACCUUAAACAUCUGAUACCUCCUUGAUCAUUUCCCCUUCUCUUUUACAAUGUUUGUUUUAAAUUGUUGAUCACCAAACUACUCUUGGUUACGGUUGAUAGGAACCCGACUUCUUUCUUUCUCUUCCUCUCAGAUAUGGAGCAUUCAGAAGCAUAGUACUAAAAUGAUUGCAGAAAACAGGCACAAUAAGAAAAAAAAUACGAAGACAAUGAAAGUUGAUUUUUCUGGUUUAUUGUUAAACAUGUUUAGCUUUAGGCGUUGAAACUGUAAUCUUAUAUAAUGUAAUUAUUAUGGUUUUGCUUCA